UUCACAGAGACACCCCACGACAUGACGGCGCGGACGGGCGAGGAUGUGGAGAUGGCUUGCUCCUUCCGCGGCAGCGGCUCCCCCUCCUACUCGCUGGAGAUCCAGUGGUGGUACGUGCGGAGCCACAGGGAUUGGACGGACAAGCAGGCAUGGGCCUCGAACCAGCUAAAAGCAUCUCAGCAGGAAGACGCAGGGAAGGACGCAACCAAAAUAAGUGUGGUCAAGGUCGUGGGCAGCAACAUCUCCCACAAGCUGCGCCUGUCACGGGUGAAGCCCACCGACGAAGGCACCUAUGAGUGUCGCGUCAUCGACUUCAGCGAUGGCAAGGCCCGGCACCACAAGGUCAAGGCCUACCUGCGGGUGCAGCCGGGAGAGAACUCUGUCCUGCACCUGCCCGAGGCCCCGCCCGCCGCGCCCGCCCCGCCGCCUCCCAAGCCAGGCAAGGAGCUGCGGAAGCGCUCGGUGGACGAGGAGGCCUGCAGCCUCUAGACUGAUGCCCACCCCGCCACCAGCCUGCCCCGUGCCCCUACGCCAGUACCGAGUGCAUGAGGAGCCGCUGGACCGCUGGGGACGGGACUGCCUGGGUCCAGCUGCCUCCCCAUCCCCGAGACCGCCCGUGGCCCCCACUUCGGCCCUCCGCCCACCACCCCUUGGCUCAGCAUGUAAGCCCCGCCCAACCCUUCCCCUUCAGACCCUUGCGGUGACCUGGCUCGGAGAAGGUGGCCCCAGGGCACCUAGGGGACAACUGCCUUGAACGCUGAGGUGGGGCAUCAGGCCGGGGCCAGGCUGCCCCUUUUCUGUCACCAGCUUCAGUAGAGUCCAGUGUUUCGCUUUGCUUGCUUGUCCUCCAUCCCGUCCCAAGCCGGGGCCUCCCAGCCUUACUCUCUCUCCCUCCUACCGUCCCCUGCUUGGACCUGGGGGUGUGGACAGUGACCCCUCCCCAAGUUUGGACUUCAGUCUUCUGACCAGAACUAGGGCCUCUUCUCUGGCAAAGACCUGGGGCCCCAAGCCCCCAAGAGAACCAUGGCUUGUUGGCAGGGUCGCUCAUAGGUGACCUGGGAGCAGAGGGAGACCCCUCACUGCCUCCUGGUGGGUCCUCCGUGUUCAGCCUCCUUACACUGAGAAACAGCUCCCUGUCCCACUCCCUGGGACCAGGAAUCAGCCCCUUCACAUGGUAAGUUGGAAAGAGGGCCUUUCCGCCUCUGACCCCAUGGCCCCACGCAGAGUUUCGCACCAGCAGGACCCCUUCACGGGUCUUUGAGGCUCUCCCAGGAGCCACCUCUGCCAGCUCCUAACAUCCCAGCCCCCUCCUAGGACCCAUGCCAAACCCACCCAAGGGCCUGGGGCUGUUGGGAGCCAAGCCCCCCCCCAACUCAUCCCCUCACAAUUCCUGAUGGGGGGCACCCACCCCCUGGUGAUUUGUAAAUAUCUCUACUGGGCCCAACACCCCCUCAGAACUGGCUCAGAGCUCAGGCUGCCCCUCAGCGAUGGAGUGGGGGGUGUGGGAGAGGCCGAGGGCUUUGCCUAGGGGUAUUUGGGUAACCCUGUACACAUGAUCCAUCCGUGACUACCAGCCAACCUGAAUAAAGUGGUUUAAAAAACC